AUGUCAACACUCAUCCUCGAGUCCAUCACUCAAUGCACCAACGUCGCCGAAAUAAAGACACAAAAGACACCUCCCUCCAGCCGCAAUAUUCUCCGCGCCAUACCCGCUCUCUACAAAAAGGGAGGCAUUUCGCUUCUUUUCAACGGUCUCAUCUACGCCUGUACAUUUUGGCUGAAGCACUACGUGAUAACCCAAGCAUUGGGCACAUUUCUCCCAUCGCCGCUUGCAAGUAUCAUCACCUCGAUACUACUAGCAGAGACUCGAUUCCUCUGGACAGCUCGCAAGGUUCUUGCACCCGACCAGAUCCGAAUCUUGUCUAGCUCCAGCGCCAGCGCCUGCAAUUUGCAACGAUGGAAGGCUCUCAUCGGACCGACUCUGAUAUACAGUAUAGUCGAAAGAUUCAUGGUUUACGUACCCCGGAUGUACGGAGAAGGUCCCUCUGGCGGGCGGACAUUUAUUUUCCAGCAUUCAGUUGCGGAACAGAGGGAAUUUAUUCAAGCGGAUAUUCUAGUUGCAGCGCUGAUGCUCUUCGCACAGUUUCUUCUGUUCUUGCCUGCUGGUGCCAUGUUGACCAUUGUGCAUGCGAGUCAUCUCCCGGCAAGUUGCGAGACGCUGGUUAUUUCGCAGGGGCGAGGUCAAAAGGGGAAACGUAUCGGAGAGGUCUUUGCGACGGUGGACCGGAGGCCUGUUUCAUUGAUGCAGGCAUUUCGGAUGGUGGGAAAGAAACAAAUACUGGCUUGUUUACAAUUGCAUGGGCAGAUGUGUCUGUGUCUGGUGGUGCUUUCUACUUGUGUGCACACUGCAAUCGUCUUUUUUUUGGUGUAA